AUGAGCUUCGUUACAAAGCUGCCCUUGUUAGGGCGUAACCCUGCGCUCCGAGUCGCCCUCCUCCCCCUCUCCUCCCAGCGAUGCGCCUCUCGCCUAUCUGCCAUCCACCAGGGCCUCAACCGGUCCGAGAGAGCACGACCGCAAGGCUCAUCUCCCCGCAAGGAAAUCCGCCAACGCCCUGGCGAUGAUCCAUAUCUCAGCCCUGAAGAGCGCCGGCGAGCGAGGGCAGUCGCGCGGCAGAACCCGAUCAACUACAAGAUUCGGAAGGGGAAGAAGGACAUCACUGAAGAGCCAGGACCGCCGCGCAAGUCGAGAAGGGCCCGUUUCUCUGACCCCAGAGAUCCUAUGGGUCGGAGGAGUCUCGUAAAGAAAUUCCAGACUGGACAGCUGUUUGAUGGCGUGGGGACGGGCUACGGAGGGGACAGGGAAGGCAACCUGCAACACGACGACUUUGUGAGGCAGAUGUCGGGCGAUACACGAAAUCGAUCGAGCCUUCGAGACUUUGAUCAAAUUUCGAAAGGAGCACAGGCGACCAUGAAAGCCGAGGCGGUCGAAAACAACAACCUUGGGGAGAGUCUAGGCCGGAUCGAAGCGUGGAAACCAAGGAGGAAUGAUGGCCCAGUGUCAAUUCCAUAUACCACGGCCGCCUCGCAAUUUUUAUACGGUACUUCGGCCGUGGAGGCUGCCUUGAAAUCCGGCCGCCGAAAGAUGUACAAGCUAUACAUCUACAGGGGCAAAGGCCGCAGCACCAGGGCUGCGGAGAAGGACAGACUUCUAGCUGACUUGGCAAGGGACCAAGGCAUCAGGGUCGAAUAUCUUGAGGAAGCAUCACUGCCAAUGUUGAAUAAGAUGAGCGAGAGCCGUCCACAUAACGGUCACGUUCUGGAAGCCUCACCACUGCCCCAACUCCCAACCACCGCCCUGGAGGAGUUCUCUGAGGACCAGCAUCGGUCAGGCUUCAAGCUGGCCGUGGGACACCAAUCAUACGAGGAAGCCCAAAUAAACGGCACCUCAGGGUUCGUGAGCACCGAGGCGGGCUCGCGCAAACCGCUCGUCAUGGUCGUGGACCAAGUGCUCGACCCGGGGAACCUGGGCGCCAUCCUCAGGACAGCCAGCUUCAUGGGAGUCACGGCUGUGGCGGUCUCGAAGAAGGGCUCCGCGCCCGUGACCCCAGUCGUGCUGAAGUCCUCGGCCGGAGCCGCCGAGGCCCUGACCAUGCUGUCGGUCGACUCGGUCGAGGAGUUCCUGCGGAACUCCAAGGACAACGGCUGGAAGGUGUACGCUGCCUGUCCCCCCAAGUCCGACUCCAAGCGGCCCCAGAUCGACACCAUAGACCUGGAGAAGGACGACCCGCUGCUCAAGGACCCUUGCAUCCUCCUCGUGGGCAGUGAGGGCGAGGGAUUGCCCCGUGCUCUGAGGAGGGCUGCUAACGUCGAGAUCAGCAUCCCGAACCUGUCUGGGUCUGAUGUUGUGGACAGCUUGAAUGUCAGCGUUGCCACUGGCUUGCUGUGCUCGGCGUUCUUGAGGGGAAAGGCAAAGGCGCGUGGGAACACUGCCAGCGAUCCAGGGGCAAUAUUCUGA